AUGUCGUCAGUUACAUCUGAUAUUGAACUAAAGUCACAAACUGAACAAACUGUAGCUGACGGUGAUAUUUCAAAUGAAUCUUUGGCAAAGAAACAACUCACUUUUCGAACCUAUAAAAAUUUAUUCGUUAUUUGUAUGGCUUUUCUUCUUCAAUUUACUGCAUUUCAAGCUAUGAGUAAUUUACAAAGUUCGUUAAAUACCGAAGCUAAUGUUGGCGUCAAUUCUUUAUCAAUUAUUUAUGCGUCUCUUAUUAUUUCAUCUAUAUUUUUACCACAUCCUAUAAUAGCUAUGCUCGGUCUAAAAUGGACGAUUGUUGUGUCUCAAAUUCCGUGA